AGUUGUGGUGUAGGGAUGCUGUGCGGAUCAUUCUAUCACAUGCAGCAGUCCCGAGCAUAUGGAGAACCGCUGAUUCACCGACUUCCACGGAUCAGGGUGCUGAAAUGGAACAAAUAUGUUUGAUCCUUUUGCUUAUAAGUAAGGCACUAUCAGUUGGAGCACAAUUCAAUGGAUACAACUGUGAUGCCAACUUCCACAGCCGCUUCCCUGCGGAGCGGGACAUUAGUGUGUACUGUGGGGUGCAGACAAUCACCCUCAAGAUCAACUUUUGUCCUGUUCUCUUCUCCGGCUACACCGACACUGACCUGGCCCUCAACGGUCGCCACGGAGAUGCCCACUGCCGUGGUUUCAUCAAUAACAACACCUUCCCCACCGUGGUCCUCUUCAGCAUUAGCCUAGCCACCCUGGAGACAUGUGGCAAUGCCCUGGUGGUUUCCACGGCUCAGGGUCCUAAUGCUUAUGGGAACCUCUCACUGGUGCAGAUUGGGAACAUAUCAGGGUACAUCGAUACACCAGAUCCCCCGACUAUCAUUAGCUACCUGCCAGGUCUGCUCUACAAGUUCAGCUGUAGCUACCCUCUGGAAUACCUGGUGAACAAUACACAGCUGGCUUCGUCAGCUGCUGCAAUAUCAGUGAAGGACAGCAAUGGUACUUUUGUCAGUACUUUAAGUCUACUGCUUUACAAUGACUCGUCAUACGUUCAGCAGCUGUCAAUCCCUAUGGCGGGGCUCACACUGAAGACACGUGUGUUUGCAGCAGUCAAAGCUACCAACUUGGACAGGAGAUGGAAUGUUCUGAUGGACUACUGUUACACCACUGCCUCUGGGAAUCCAAACGAUGAACUUCGCUAUGACCUCUUCUUUAGCUGUGACAAAGACCCACAGACAACAGUGUUCGAGAAUGGGAAGAGUCAAAUGGGCCGUUUUGCCUUUGAAGUGUUCCGCUUUGUCAAGCACAAGAACCAGAAAAUGUCUACCGUCUUCCUGCACUGCGUUACCAAGCUGUGUCGAGCCGAUGACUGCCCCAUGCUCAUGCCGAUCUGUGGUAGUAGAAAGAAGCGAGAUGUCUCAGAGAGGACGGAAUCAAACUCUGCAUCAGGAAACGCUAUCAUUACUGCUGGGCCAAUAAUCACAAGGAGCGACGAAACUCCAAUGAACAACUCACAACUAGCGCAACUAAACAGCCCAGUGUUUCGGAUGAACACGGUGACCAGCGCACUUGUCUCAGGCAUCAUCAUCCUUGGUGUAAUGAGCCUGUGUUUCUUCAUCUUAUCCCUUACCCUCCUCAAGGGCAAGAGGGCCCCACCGACCAUCUUGUCGGGGGCUCGCAACCCAGCUUUCAACUAACCCCACCCAACUAAUCCCAAGAUCUUGCCUUCCCCCUCCCCAUGAGGACACUACAUAGAAGGAGAGAGAGGGACUCACAUGUUCAUUUAUAUGAAUGUAAACUAACUGUAUAAUUCAUGUUAGCAUAGGUAUAGUUGAUAUCUCGAGAAUGUAUAUUUCUUUGUAUGUAUUGUACUUAUCUUGUUUCAACCCAGUGACAGACCGGUUAUUGUUAGGCGUUUAAUUUGCAAAGUGGAUUUGAGUUUAAUUUAAUACCUCAGCUGCACGGCAUCCUAUUGCAGGGUAAAUGAUAAUUUACAAGAAACACAUAUAGUGUAGAAUAAACUGGUCUAACACCAAAUUCUUGUUUAGUUGGUAUGUUACAGGGAGAAAUGUAAACAGUGUCCGACCUCUAAACAACAUUCUAUGCAAGAAU